AUGAAAUUCGGCCACGCCUUCAAGGAGGCCUUGGAGGCUGAGACCUAUCCAAGACACUGGGUAGACAAGGCGGUUCCCUAUCGUCAGCUCAAAAAGAUCCUUGGUAAGGUGCGGGAGGAGCUGAUAAACAAUGGCUACGAUCCGGACACGUUACAAAAGCUGGUAGCUGAGCGAAACGCCGAAUACCGCCUAGAGUCGGACGACUCCCAGCUCCUGAGACCCAAACUGGUUGUGCGUCCAGCCACUACAAGUGCUCAACCUCUGGAUCAGAAAACAGAAGUCGACUCGCUGCCAGAAUCACCAGUAUCUCUAUCUCCCACCUCUUCCGCCAGCACAGAACCUGGACCAUCGGCCUUGACACAUGACUCUGCGCUCCCGUGUAGCCAUCGCCAGCAACAAACCAGUGACGGCGAGUGGGUGGACGUCCCGUUGGAUGCCGAUGCUCGCUUUUUCAGUGUCCUCCAGCAGGAUGUCAAUGAGUUGGAUACUCUCCAGGACAAGGAGCGGGUUGCCAUGAUCGAAAACAUCCACGUGAUUGGAAACGAGAUCGCACAAGUAGCCAGACCGCGAAAACCAGUCAUCGACUUCUCCCGGUCAGAUCUGUAUCGCUGGCGCGAGAUUCUGGACCUCUACCUCUCGGCCGAGGUCUUCUUCUCCACCAACGAGGUUUCCGGCGGUGCUCGCAGUAGCGACAGAGCUCGCAAGCAACUCGUCUGGUUCCAAGAAGAGGUGGGCAAGCGCCAGCUGCCGCAGAAGUUCAAGAUCAAGUCCAGCGCCGUCGCCUUCCAACACUUCCUCUCGUUGAAUGCCACGCUGCUGCAGAACUUGCAGUUCCAGGAACUGAAUCAGACGGCCAUAACAAAAAUAAUCAAAAAAUUCGACAAGAGAACGUCCCUGGGGGUGAAAAAGACUUUUCCAAAAGUCAUGAACUCGGCACACUUCAUCUCUGAGACCAUAUCCAAGGACAUCUGCGCCCAGCUGUCUCGAGACGUCAUCAGCCUUGUCCCACAAGUCGUGGAUUACACGUGCAUUGUCUGCCUCUCCAUAUGUUGGCUGCCCAUCCGACUGGACUGCGACCAUCUGUUUUGCAUCCGGUGCAUGAUCAAGAUGCAAAACAGGCAAAAGCGCUUCUGCCCGCUAUGUCGAGCCGAUGUGAUUCAACGGGCCAACGAAACACAUAUCGAUAUGGAGCUCGUUCGAUACUUGGAAAGGUGGUUUCCAAAGGAGACCAAGGAGAAGCAGAGGAACAACGAGGACGAGCGGCGAAAGGAGCUCCUGGGCGAUUUGUACGUGGAAGGUGCACAGCCGCCGUGUAUCGUGAUGUGA